AUGGAAAUCUUCAAGAAGUUUGGAUCGAGAGCACUGAAUGGAUUCGGCGUUGGUAAAAAAGAGAUGGAAAGAAAUGUAAGGGAAGAAACUUUCUUUUUGAUUAAAAGUCUAACGAGGAAAGAAGACAGGCGCAGUUUGCUUUUGAAACUAACAUCGGCAACCUCGAAUAUCAUUUGUAGAUUGGUUCUGGGGACAAGAUUUGAUGAUAAUGACAAGAGAAUUAUGCGAAUGACUGAGCUCUUACACGAUUUUUUUGCAGUCACUACAGAUUCAAAACUCUGCGGCCUGGUAGCGAUUGCUCCGUUUCUCCGAUUCAUUCCUCCAUUCAGCGGAUCUAUAAAACGUGCUUGGGAUGAUACCGUCGAAUUUUCUGAAUAUAUACGUGACAUUAUUGACGAAAAAGCAUUAAAUUUCAAUAACAACGAUAUCAGAAAUGUCAGUGAUGAAUAUGUUGGAGAAAGGAUAUCUAAUAGGCCGAAUGAUCUUGCACUUAAU